GGGCCGGGCCGGGCCGGGCCGGGCCGGGCCGUGGCCAUGGAGCGCUGGGCCGGGCGCGUGGCGCUGGUCACGGGCGCCUCGGUGGGCAUCGGCGCGGCCGUGGCGCGGGCGCUGGUGCAGCACGGCAUGAAGGUGGUGGGCUGCGCGCGCAGCGUCGACAAGAUCGAGAAAUUGGCAGCUGAAUGCCAGAGCGCCGGCUAUCCUGGGACCCUCAUCCCCUACAAGUGCGAUCUCUCCAACGAAGAGGAGAUCCUGUCCAUGUUCUCCGCCAUCAAGACCCUUCAUCAGGGAGUUGACGUGUGCAUCAACAACGCGGGGCUGGCUCGCCCCGAGCCCCUGCUCUCGGGGAGGACGGAGGGCUGGCGGACGAUGAUAGACGUCAACGUGAUGGCUGUGAGCAUCUGCACCCGAGAGGCCUAUCAGUCCAUGAAGGAGAGGAACAUCGAUGACGGGCAUAUUAUUAACAUUAACAGCAUGAAUGGUCACAGUGUUGUGCCACAGUCGGUGGUGCAUUUUUACAGCGCCACCAAGUACGCGGUUACAGCACUCACAGAGGGGCUGAGGCAAGAACUCAGAGAAGCAAAGACUCAUAUACGAGCUACAUGUAUAUCUCCAGGACUGGUAGAAACAGGAUUUGCUUUUAAACUUCACGAUAAUGACCCCGAGAGAGCUGCUGCAACCUAUGAGAGCAUUCGGUGUCUCAAAGCUGAAGAUAUGGCUAAUGCUGUCAUCUAUGUCCUCAGUGCCCCACCUCAUGUACAGAUUGGAGAUAUACAGAUGAGGCCCACGGAGCAGAUAUCAUAGCAAAUGAGGAAGACUGUGAGCAGCACCGUGUAUCCACUCCACUUGGAACCCUCUGGCAAUGUAGGGUUUCGUCAGCUGGCUAGCAACGUUUUAUUCAAGUACUAAGGAUUGUGUUUGAUGAAUUAUUUUUCUCUCCCUCUCUCUGAGCUGGUGCUGGUGCUGAGCCAGUUUUAAAUAUAUAUAUAUACAUAUAUAUAUAUAUAUAUAUAUAUAUAGUAGUGGGUCUCUUUCACCCCCACUCCUUUCUGAAGCUGCUGAAGAGUAAAAUGUAUUUGAAAAUAAUGCAGGGAAGUGGUUUGUGGAAGAUUGUCUCCAGACUGGUUACUUCUUCUUUUUGCUUUCUUUUCAAAGUUUGUUUGAUCUUAUUUGAUGAUGCUGUGUCUGGACAUAGGGGAAGCAGCACAAGGUGUUUGCCAGCUUCCAUGUGGUUAGGGUUUGAGAUUUUCAGUGGAUGUCAUACAUGAAUCCAUUUAAUUUGGGGUUUUCUUCUUAUCAGUUUGAUGCUUAUUUGGUAAUGAUGCAUGUGAUAUUUUCUUCUUUCAUAUCCCAGUGCCCUAAAGCAAAUAUAUGACCUCACCCUGCCUCCCCAGACCCUCCUUUUCCAUUCAUAUGAAUUGUGCCUGCUAAGUUUGAGGAGGUAUAAAUGUGUGUGCUUGAUAUUUCUUUCAUUCUUUCUUUAUAGGUAGGUAGGUAAAUAGUUUGGGGAAAAGUACCUGUAUUUUUGCAGGUUAGAAUGAUCAUCUAAGUGGCAUAGAUACAGUAAGAGUGAGUUGUUUGGUAUUUUUAAUAAAAAUUAAAUGUGCUGUCUUGU